AGUACAAUAAACUGUUUCCCACUCUGAUUUCAAGCAACAGAACAACAAUUAGGCUUUUAUAAAAACCUGUUCCACAGCCACAGACAAUCAGGAACUCAUCUUUAGACUCAACAUCAUCCGUAUUUCUCUUCCAUAAGUUUCAGUCUGCUCUCAACAAAAGUGUUGGUUCUCAGGAAUUACUUAAAGUGUCAGUGCCUUAUCAUGUCUGUGCUCAAAAUCCUGUGCUGUUUGCUGUUAACCUCUCACCUAAAUGUGGGGAAGAAUAUCAAAGGACACAGAGCAGCGGCCACAGAGCAGAGGGGAGCUCUGAGGAUGAACGAGCUGCAUGUCAGCAGUUCAGUCUUCAGUCUGUUUUUAGAAGGUGAAGACACCUGCAAACUGGACCCUCUGCAGCUGCACACACUCACCUCCUGUGGCUUCAACAGCAGUAAUCCCCUCAUCAUCAUCACUCACGGGUGGUCGUUGGACGGUAUGAUGGAGAGCUGGGUUCACAGGUUAGCCACCACUCUAAAGACACAUCUAAUAGACGUCAAUGUGCUGAUUACUGACUGGCUGACCCUCGCACACCAGCACUACCCCACAGCUGCACAGAGCACCCGCACCGUAGGAAGAGACAUCGCUCACCUGCUGCACUCUCUUCAGGUAAACUUUCAGUACCCUGUUAGAAAGGUUCAUUUGAUUGGCUACAGCCUGGGCGCUCACAUCUCUGGAUUUGCUGGAAGCUAUCUUGAAGGUUCACAGAAGAUCGGACGAAUUACUGGUCUGGAUCCAGCGGGGCCUCUGUUUGAAGGCAUGUCUCCCACAGAUAGACUGUCUCCGGACGAUGCAGAGUUUGUGGACGCAAUCCACACCUUCACCCACGAGCGCAUGGGCCUCAGUGUAGGCAUCAAGCAGGCUGUGGCUCAUUAUGAUUUUUACCCCAAUGGAGGAAACUUCCAACCGGGAUGUGACCUGCAAGACAUUUACGAGCACAUAAGCACCUACGGCCUCCUCGGGUUUGAGCAGACGGUGAAAUGUGCUCAUGAGCGCUCUGUCCAUCUCUUCAUCGACUCACUGUUGAAUAAAGACAAGCAGAGCAUGGCCUACAGGUGCAGUGACCAAAGUGCUUUUAACAAAGGUAUCUGUCUGGAUUGUCGAAAGAAUCGCUGCAACACACUGGGCUACAAUAUUAAGAAGGUUCGCAGCAGCACCAGCAAGAGGCUCUACCUAAAAACAGGCCCCCGGAUGCCUUACAAACUCUAUCACUACCAGUUCAGGAUUCAGUUUGUUAACCAGAUGGUGGAGAUCGAGCCCUAUCUCACCAUCUCCCUCUCUGGAACAAAGGAGGAGAGUGGAGACCUCCCCAUCCAUGUCACUGAAACGAUUUUAGGUAACAAGACCUUCACCUUCCUGAUUACUCUGGACAAAGACUUGGGGGAUCUGAUGAUGUUAAAGUUGCAUUGGGAGGGAUCAGCUCUGUGGAAGACAAUGUGGAACCGGGUGCAGACCUUCAUCCCCUGGGGUGGCGAGCAACACAAACCAGUGAUGACUGUGGGCCAUGUCAGAGUCAAAGUAGGAGAGUCGCAGAAGAGGACAUCUUUCUGUGCCAAGACAAAUGAUGGACAACAAAUUGAAGUUUCACAGGAUAAAAUAUUUGUGCGCUGUGAAGGAGACACGUCAAAAAAACAGCGCAGAAGGAAUCACAACUGACAGACUUGUUUGAUCCAUAAUCCAUUCAACAGACGGAAGAUAUCUAAACAACUGGGCAGACUUCUGUAAACUUCUGAAAACCAUCAAUGGUCUAAAAAUUGUGAUGCAUAAAGCUCCCAUGAGGGGUUUUAAACAGACUGGAAUUAAUACUCUAUGACCUACUAAAGCAACAAGACCAAAUGUGACACGAUUGAUUCUUUCUAUAUUUGUUUAUGUCAUGCCUUUAAUCACUGCUGUGGUGUAGGUGUCAUGUGAAGUGGUUAAAUGGUGUUGCUGAAACAGCAGAUUUUUUACAUUUUCCAAGUCAAAAAUUCUCAAUGAGUGAUGUAUUUAACUGUCAAAAGAAAGCAGAAUGAGAUUGUUUUCUUUGCUGAAAAAUACUUAUUUUACAGGACAAAAUCAGCUAAGAGACAAGAAGUACCACCGAAACAAACUGAAAGUUCCUCACAGGAGCUUUAGGAAACAGUGUGAAGUUUGAAAGAAGUUGAAUCCUGGGAAGAUGUGACUAGAAAAAACAAACAUGUCCACCAUGUUUAAAUUUACAGAAACAUGCCUAUAUCGGAUUAUGUGAUCAAUUUAUGAAUAACUUGAAUAUUUCAUGUGAUCCCUGUACCCUUACUAAACUGUGAGUUUGAAGAGCAUGUAGAGAUUUACAUUUGUGUCUUAAUAUAAGUGUCUUUCAGCCGUAUGAACAGUGUUUGCCAGUUCAAACAUCAACCAGACACACAGUCAAUGACCUCUCAGUGACAGGAAUUCCAGAGUUUGUACAUAACGUUUUUUUUCCCCUGUGAAUAUCCUAUGUAAAAUUAUUGAUCUCAUAAUUUAUGAACUCACAUUACUCGUCAAUAAAAACAUAUACAUGCAUGAAAUACACGUUAAUCAAACUUCAACCAGAGCAAUAAAUAAACCCCUCUGUACUUUUCUACUACUGUUGUUUGUUUUGUGCUUCAUGAUCAUGUUUAACAGACCGACUGAUUCCCAGAAUACACAAGCUGACA